CCUAUCAUGCACCGUUCCGAGAUAUUUAUGGAGAGAUCUCGGCGAGCUUCCUUCUCACCCGGUCACCCCCACACCAGAGAAGCACUGCAGCUCACGAGCUCCACGGUAACUCACCAUGGCGACGUCUCCUUCCCCUAAGAAGGUGCUGCUGCCGAUCGUCGCUGGCACAGAGCCGAUUGAGGCGUCCAUCCCCAUCGACUUCCUCCGCCGCGCCGGCGCCGAUGUCACCGUCGCUUCCGCAGGCGACGCCCUUCUCGUCGAAAUCAUGUACGGCGUCAAAAUAAUGGCCGACGAGCUCCUGGCUGACAGCGCCGCCGCUUCCUACGACCUCAUCGUCCUCCCCGGGUCUCAAUUGUCGCGAAUGAUGCAGGGUGGCGUUCCUGGCGCUGCAAAUCUUGGUGCUUGUGCGACGUUGGAGGGCAUGGUGAGGAAGCACGUGGAGAAGGGAAGACUCUACGCCGCCAUAUGCGCUGCACCGCCGCUGGCGUUGGCGUCCUGGUGUCUACUCGACGGACACAAGGCUACGGGUCAUCCAUGGUUCGUGGAGAAGUUCCCUCCCGAGGUGACCGCCGUGGACGCGAACGUGGUGGUGGACGGCAAUGCCGUGACGGGCACUGGGCCGGCAACGUCGAUGGAGUUUGCGCUGGCCUUGGUGGAGCAGCUCUAUGGGAAGGAGAAGGUCGAGCAGAUCGCUAAACCAAUGCUAGUGAGAUACGAAGGUGGCUACAGCAUGAACGAACUCAACUCGGUCCAGUGGCAUUGCAGCGGCACACCCAAGGUUCUUCUUCCACUAGGCAACGGCAUUGAGGAGAUGGAGGCGAUAAUAAUCGUCGACGCGCUGCGCAGAGCCAACGCGGACGUCAUCGUUGCGUCCGCCGAGGACGGUGUCGUGGUCACCGCGCGACACGGGACGAGGAUCGUGGCCGACGUGAUGCUGGACGAGGCCGCCGAUCGUGCGCCCUUCGAUCUGAUCAUCGUGCCGGGCGGCAUGCCGGGCGCGAAGACGCUGGGCGGCUGUGAGCAGCUCGUCGCUCUGCUGAAGAAGCAGGCGGAAGCGAACAGGCCGUACGGCGCGAUCGGCGCCGCCACCGCCCACGUGCUCGAGCCCCAUGGCCUGCUCAAGGGCAAGAAGGCGACGACGUGCGCAUCCAUGGCCGGGCUGCUCGCGGACGACAGCGAGUGCGAGAACAGGGUGGUGGUUGACGGGAACGUGAUCACGAGCAGGAGCCCCGGCACCGCCAUGGAGUACGCGGUGGCCGUCGUCGAGGAGAUGCUGGGCCGCGACGAGGCGCGGCGACUGGCGGAAGGCCUGCUCUUCUUGGGCUGACCCCCCGUGACAGUGUGCUGGAGCUUCACAAGCAGCUGUUGCGCUGGCAUACAAAGACUUACACACUUUUACACGCUCCUUCCAUCUAACAACCAAUCACAAACCUCUACCCCUGAUUUUCAGGGGGUAGACCACCC